ACUCCAGAAAGACCUAUCCGAUCUUCAUCAUAACUGGACAACCUUCACCAUGUUGGUCCUCAUCUUGGUUGGUCUCGCUCUGAUGGCUGUGGAUCCUUCAGAUGGACAGGAGUUGAAGCUUCUUCGUGGCAAUUGUCCCCCGUUCUGGUACAGCUAUGGGAACCGCUGCUACAAAUACGUUGCUACACCAAUGAUCUGGGGAGAUGCAGAACUUCACUGCGUGUCACAAGGUGCCAACCUGGUGUCUGUCCAGAGUAAUGAAGAGGAGGCUUUUAUCAAGACUCUGAUCAGAAACUUUGACCCCGCUCAGGCAGAUACCUGGAUUGGACUCAGUGAUGCUGAGAAGGAAGGAGGGUGGCUGUGGUCUGAUGGGUCCAAAAUUACCUUUCAGGCUUGGCACUCAGGACAGCCAGACAACUAUAAAGGCAAAGAACACUGUGCGACCACCAACUACGGGACAACAAAGAAAUGGAAUGACCUUCCCUGUACAUAUAAAUAUGGUUUUGUUUGUAAGUCUCGCGAAAAGUGUCUCUAAUGUCAAAAGAGUCCCUUUUGGCUCUUGUUCAAAACUAAACUGAUCAUUUACUCUGUUUUCUGUCUUUAUUGGAAAAGACAAAUUGUGUAAAAUAAUGUUCAAGUUGUUUGUGUUUUCAUGAAUCAUCUGUUCAAUGUCUAAGAAACAACCUCUCAAUAGUCAUAGAUUUUCUAUUCAAUGAACUGAAGAUUUUAUCAUUAUAAAUGAUGACAUAUACUGACAUUUUUAUGGAAUCACAAAUGUUGUCAAGACAAUAAUUUUUUUAAGAUGACACCUAAUAUGUCUUUACUGUUUUGUUCUUGGAAAACAACAUCAUUUAUUCAAUUUGUUGAGAUCUUUGGUGAUACUUAUCCCCACAUUAAUUCUGAUUUUUGAAAUAAUCCAUUUACAACAUUUAAAAGAAGUAAUUUUCUUUUUAAAUUCAAAAUAAAAGCUCCAGGUCUUAUGUUUAAGAUCAGAUGAAAAAGAGCUAAAUUCUUCUUCUGUCUUAUAAAUUUAAAAGAUGGUGUAGUUGGUGGGAAAAUAUAUAUGUAGAUUUUUUUUCUCAAACGGUCCUUACAGUAGGAUAAAUGCAAAGGAUGGAUACAACCAUGUAAGGCUUGAUUCUUUAUCAAUAAACCUUUUUUC